GGUCUCAAUUUGGGAACGGAUUGACCGUAGCAAGCAGCAGUUGGGUUUGGGCUUUUGUUUUCAAUAUGUCAUCAAGUUCUGUCAAACCCGACCCUCUAACUUACCAGACUACCCGGUAAACCCUAACAUCUCUCAUUCUCUCCUCCGUCUCGCUCUUUACAACAGACUGAAUUUGACGAGAUCUCCAUCGCAUCCCAUCAUCCCUCUUUAUUUUUAAGGGAUAAAAUCAUGGCUAUGAGUCAUGUCAAAACAUUUAGAAGCAUUAUCAAUACCAGCGAAGCAGUUGGGAUAGUGUCACGACGAACAUUUGCUAUCGGGGGCGGUAAAGCAAAAAAGGGUUCAAAAGGUGCUUCUCAAGGUGAUGCACCAAAAGCAUCAAAUCUGGACAAAGAAGUUAAGUCUACUACAGUCGUCGGAGCCAAUAUUCUCAAAGACGGAACAGAUCCUAAGAUCUUGCCAGAUGCUGAGUACCCUGAUUGGUUGUGGCGUCUACUUGAUAAACGCCCAGCAUUGAGUGAAUUAAGUAGGAAGAACAUUGAAACUCUCCCAUACGAAGGUCUCAAACGUUUUGUUAAGCUGGAUAACCGAGCAAGGAUCAAGGACAACAACUCUCUUAAGGCCAAGAACUAGUUAGAUAUUUUUUGCUUUGCAAAGAAAUGAACUGAAAAUCGUCAAAAAGGCUGCUUCUGUGUAUGAUUCCAGGGCAGGUUAGGUGUACUUUUCUGUGGAAAUGCUCUUUUGUAUGUUUUGAGUCAUCUCAGUCUUGGAAUUAACUUUUAUUGAUUGCCUCUUCACUGAACAAAUUGGGAAAAAGUUUUGAGGCUCUGUUCUUAUUCUAGAAACGUAAAGGACUGGUCUCGCGAAAUUUCAUUAGUAAAAAAUCCCUUCAACUAUGAAGAGUUUGCUUA